CGAUUCAGGUGACGUCGAUCCUCAACCGUCCGACACUCCGAUUCCGCGUUAUAGAGCAAACCGUACGAGACGGGAUAAGAGAACUGUUGUCGGUCGUCCAGGUCCGAAACGUCGCGAAUGGCGCGGGUGUUGUUGUUGGUGUGUGGUUUGGCGUUGGCGGCGAGGGCUGCCACGGUGGUGACUCUGGGUACCGGGGAACCGCCACUCAAGGGCGAUCAGCAGGGGGAAACUUGUCAGCCGGAUAAGCUCACCGUUUACAAGAUGGUCCUGCACACGUUCUGGAGCAGGGAGAGUUUCCCCAAACAUUAUCCGGACUGGAGACCGCCCGCUCAAUGGUCCAAAGUUAUCGGCCGAAGCCAUGACAGAUCUUACGUCCUGUUUCGUCUCGGUAAAAAAUCGGUUGCCGGAGUGAAAGAGUUCGCGGAGACAGGAAGGAGCGACCUGUUGGACAACCAAAGCCAAGGGGAAGGCGGCAUCUAUGACGAAUUCAAUGCUCCCCCGAUCACUACGGGUGUAGGAAGAACUGAAGCGGAAUUUUUCGUCGACGGCAACCAUUCGCGGGUGUCCUUGAUGUCCAGGAUUGUCCCGUCGCCAGACUGGUUCAUCGGUAUCGAUAGUUUUAACCUCUGCGUCAACGGCAAUUGGCUAGACAGCAUCACGAUAGAGGUGGAUCCCAUGGAUGCCGGGACAGACAACGGUUUUACGUUUACAGCACCCAACUGGCCCACCGCACCCCAAGGCGAAACGUACAGAAUUACCGCCCACUAUCCGGCCCAUCCUGCGGGAUCGUUUUUCUAUCCCUAUUUGAAAAGGUUGCCGCCGAUCGCGACGUUUCAGUUCAUAAAGAUAAAAGAAUACGAACUUUCCGAGGUAUUUCACCACACCGAAGACGAACGACGCUACGACGUGCUGAAAAUGGAACAUCUUUCACCGAACGCGAUAAACUCGCAAAACAAUAACGACAUCGAGACUGCAAUCGAAGAGGAGAGACAAGAACAGGAAUACCACCAGAGACAAAAGUCGAAACCGAGAAAUUUUAAACAGUACACUCUGUCGACCCCGUACAGCACCAGUACUGCCGGUAGUCCCUACACUUACGACAACAGCCUGAGUAAUACCAUUAACCCAAAAGAAGAGGCGUUUCCCUCGGCUACUUCCCCCGUCUUCCCCGCCAUCGUUCCAAGGGGGAAUAAGCAGGCAAUAAUGAACAGCAUCGUGGACUCCUACAUGAACCACAGCAAAGACAAGAAUCAGCACAAGAAAUACCGGAAGUUGAAGAAAACGCCCAGAAAAAUACGUCCACCGCGAGACUGCAGGGUGACAGAUUGGUCAGAGUGGAGCGCUUGCAGUAAAUCUUGCGGAAUCGGGGAGAUGCAGCGUCGCAGGGAGGUGAUAAAACACGCCCGGCGAGGGGGUAGGUUGUGUCCCUCGCUCGUAGAGACCAAAUGGUGCGGCAGCGCACGUUCAUGUAACAAAGGGUACUUCAAAUGGUAAAGC